GAGGGGGAGAGAAAGAGAAAGAGGGGGGCAUUUGCUGUCAGCUAACUUCCACAAUAGGUCGCUGCGUCGCUGGACUGCUGCAUGCAUUUUUUUCUUCUUCUUUUCUUGUUCAUUUUUUAUUUCAGCUUAAGACUUUGACUCCAGCCCUCCCAGCCGUGCCCGAUGCUGAGGAAUGGAUAGUGCGUCUGCUAAAGGUGCGAAGAUGGUCGAGAGUGAUGAGCAGCCGGAGAGGGACAGCGGCGGCGGUGGCGCAGCGAUGGCCGCGCUACAUCAGUGCGAACUCAUCCAGAAUAUGAUUGAAAUCUCCAUCCCCAGUCUGCAGGGACUACGGACCAAAUGCGCCGCGUCCAACGACCUCACUCAGCAAGAAAUACGCACUUUGGAGGUGAAGCUGAUGAAAUACAUCUGUAAGCAGCUGCAGUGCAAGCAGAAAGUGCCCGAAACAGAGAGGCCCGAGGCCCUCGACAGCUACCCGCACCUACGAGAUUGGCUGCGCACCAUCAACCUGCGACCGGAGCUCAUCGAGGCUGUUGCAGCAAAGUUGUCGCUGGAUGCCUUACUGCAGAUGUCAGGUGCUCAGGUGAGAGACACCAUGAGGAGACUAGGGUCCAGUUCUGAAGAAUGUGCCCGUCUCAGUGCUGCCCUCUCCUGUCUGAAGAGUGUCACUGAAUCAGGAGGGGAACUGAGGGAGGAAGGCAGCCCCUGGCUGUCUGAGCCCACACGGAGGGACAGUGGCUCUCUGCUGACUUCAGAUCAGCUGACCGGCUUCGGGACUCCACUCCGCCCUCACAGCCCGUCGCCCCUCGCCCGUCCGUCUGCCAUCCACUCCACCCCGUCGACCCCCUGCGCUACCUUCCCUCAUCCCCGCUCGGGCUCGGUAUCAGCGGCGCCCACGCCCGAGGCCCUCGCGUCGUACUGCGAGAGCCCCCUCACGGACCCGUUCCCGCUGUCCUUCUCCCACGCUGCCCGGCUCCACGGACACACAUCCACCCCGCCCGUCACUCCACCCUCCAAGAGGCGGCAUCAACUGAAGCCCCCCUGCACCCCUCCGCCCCCGUCCCGCAAAGUGAUGCAUCUCCUUCCCAAUAUCACCCUGACGCGCAGCAAGAGCCACGAGUCCCAGCUGGGAAACCGCAUCGAGGACCCGCCUACCAACAAGUGUGUGAAAAAUAAUAAGUUGCUGCUGAAUAUGCAAGUUAACGGGAACGGAUGUGAUGACUCGCCGUCUCGUUACCCCGUCAUGUCUGCGCGCACCCCUGGAGUCACACCAUCUGCCACCACAGUGUCUUACACCCUGCCCGGCACGCCAACCCUCCUGGAAGAGCACAGCAGCAUUAGGAAUAACGUAGCAGGACAUCGCAGCUCCCCACAAGCAGUGAGGAGGGACAUUGGCUUAGCGGUCACGCACAGGUUUUCAACCAAGUCCUGGCUGUCCCAGACAUGUCAGGUGUGCCAUAAGAACAUGAUGUUUGGGGUUAAGUGCAAACACUGUCGGUUAAAGUGCCAUAACAAAUGUACAAAGGAAGCCCCGUCCUGCAGAAUCUCCUUUCUACCAAUCGCCAAAAUUCGGAGGACCGAGUCCGUUCCGUCUGAUAUAAACAACCCGGUGGACCGGCCGUCAGAAUCACCGCAGUUUGGUACACUACCAAAGGCCAUCACGAAAAAGGAUCAUCCUCCAGUACUGAACCCACUGGACUCCAGCAGCAAUCCGUCCUCCACCACCUCGUCGACGCCCUCCUCCCCCGCGCCCUUCCAGCAGAGCAACCCCCCCAGCGCCACCCCGCCACCCAACCCCUCGCCCAAAGGCCACCGGGACAGCCGCUUCAAUUUCCCCGCUGCCUGUUACUUUCAACAUAGACAGCAGUUUAUCUUCCCCGACGUCUCCAGUCCUGCUCAUUUGCACCCAUUUGACGUCCUUCAAGACACUGUCAGUGAGAUAGAGCAAUCGGCAGAGGACCUGCCGGCUGAGCUGGUAGAAGAUGAAGAUGAAGAGGAAGGGGAGGAGGAAAUAGAGGACGAAGACGAAGACCCCGAAGCGGAGGGCGAUAAUGAAAACGAGGAGGAGGAUGAGGAAGGGGAAGAGGAGGACGAAGAGGAGGACAUGAGGAUGAACGUGGGCUCCGACGGCGAGUGCGACGAUCUGGAUGACCUGCCCGGCUCUCGGGGAAACGGCUGGAAAGGUCCCAUCUCCCGCAAGGCGAGUCAGACCAGCGUCUACCUGCAGGAGUGGGACAUCCCGUAUGAGCAGCUGGACCUCGGGGAACUCAUAGGGAAGGGCCGCUGGGGCAGAGUGCACAAGGGGCGGUGGCACGGCGAGGUGGCCAUCCGACUCCUCGAGAUCGACGGCAACAACCAGGACCAUCUGAAGCUCUUCAAGAAGGAGGUGAUGAACUACAGACAGACCAGGCACGAGAACGUGGUCCUCUUCAUGGGGGCCUGCAUGGCUCCGCCCCACCUAGCCAUCAUCACCAGUUUCUGUAAAGGGAGGACAUUGUAUUCAGUCGUGAGAGACACUAAAAACAAGUUGGAUAUUAAUAAGACGAGACAAAUUGCACAGGAGAUUGUCAAGGGAAUGGGCUAUCUGCACGCUAAAGGCAUUGUUCACAAAGACUUGAAGUCAAAGAACGUUUUUCAUGACACCAACAAAGUCAUAAUCACAGACUUUGGGCUGUUUGGGAUCUCUGGAGUUGUUCAGGAGGGAAGGCGUGAGAACAAACUAAAACUUCCACACGGCUGGAUUUGUUAUCUCGCACCAGAGAUUGUGCGCCGGAUGAGCCCCGGUAACAACGAGGACCGCCUCCCUUUUUCCACCGCGGCGGACGUGUACGCCUUUGGAACCAUUUGGUAUGAACUUCAAGCUCGGGACUGGCCAAUCACCAACCAGCAUGUGGAACCUACCAUCUGGCAGGUGGGCAGCGGAGAGGGCAUCAAGAAGGUGUUGGCGGAGAUCAGUCUGGGCAAGGAGGUCACUGAGAUCCUCUCUGCAUGCUGGGCGUACGACCUGAGGGAGAGGCCGACCUUUACCCACCUGGCCGACAUGCUAGAGAAGCUGCCCAAACUCAACCGCAGGCUCUCGCACCCCGGACACUUCUGGAAGUCUGCAGAGUUGUAGCAGCCACUCUGAAACUUAGGCAAUGCAAAACAAAAGCCCGGGACUACCUUGCAUGCUCUUGUAUCCUUAACUCUCACAGGAUUGAUCAAAGCAUUGCUGCUGCCUGCAACAGACGCUGCUUCCACUAAUCCGCAGUCUGAUCUCGCGCGUCUAACCGCCACGUUUUGUUGUCGGAAAGGGAGGAUCGGGGGAGCGAGGUGUGACGGCGGGAGGAGAAGCGGGCGGAGGGUGGGCACAGCUGUUGCCCCUCGCCCGUUCCCUCCUUUUGUCAAACGUCUUUUUUCCUUUUCUCCUUUUUUUUUAAAUCUUCUUUUCUGUAACGUUGUGCCGGGGGGGAGGGCGGGGGGGGGGGCUUUUGGAAUAACCAGCUUGCGGUGUCCGUGCUGGGACUGAGUGGCGUUCUCUUCCCCCCGUCCUCGGCCUUCUCACCUUCUCUGUGCUGCUGCGUGAUGUGGCUCUAGGUGGGGGGGGCGACCACAAGGCUCUUUUUCUCUAUAUACACUCACACACACAAAAAAAAAAGAAUACACUGCUGGACAUUAAACGGAACCCACCACAACCGCUUCAUUUGUCUGUGUGCGGGGAGGGGAGAGGGGGGAGAUUGAGCACUGAGAGACGUUCUCCUACCAACUGCCUCACUGCUCCUCCCUCGAUUUUUGACAGCCCUGUAAUGGCAUGUGCGGAAAUUAUCAUCAGCUCAUGUCUAAACACUUUAUGCACUUCUUGAAUGAGGGAAAAAAACAUGAACUGUUUCUGUUGUUUGGUUAGAUUUUUUUGAAAAAGUCAUAUUUGCGGUGUUUUUUCUUUCUUUUUCUUCAGAAGGGACUCCGUGGCUUGGAAAGUGUGAUACGCUCACUUGUUUUAUGCCUUGUUUGGAGUAACCUGCUGUUUAUAAAUUGUAUUUGAGAAACGGGACACUGCUAAACCACAGCUGAAAUAAAAAUAAAAAACCACAGAUUUAUUUCCUUCAAUCCACACAGGAAUAGAAUAAAGCUGGCUAGAAGUCCAUCAUUUGAUGUGGAAAGCGCACCUUAUAAGAACGAUGAGUUAUUUAGAGAGAUACUUCGGGUGAGAAGUUGAGUAAUUUUCAUUUCUGUGAAAAAAAGUAUAUAAAUCAGGAGCCUCGUGCAGAAAGUGUCCUCUAUCAUCCUAAAACAUUACCUCUUGUGCACGCUUGUGUAAGCUGUUUGUGGUUGCUGGCUUCAGUUGGUGUGCUUGUAUUUAUGUGUUGCGUGUUGGUGUUUGUGUGCGUGGGUGCACGUGCGACUGACGUGAGCGUCAUGUGCUGGAAAUGGGGGGUUCGUAAAAGACUUUGGUAAAUGUUGUGCUGCAAAUCCAAUGGUAUGUAAUGUAAAUACAUUAUUUUAUGUAUAGAAAAUGAACAUAGUUCUUCUAAUAUUUGUACAAACCUUUUCUAACUAAGAAAAACAUCCCAACGUUUUUUAAUAGGUACCGCAAUGGCUAUUCCAGAUGUGCAUAUAUAUACAUAUAUAUAUUUAUAUUUUUCAGGUAUAAAAUACUGUACAUAGCUGUACUUUUUUUUUUUAAUUGGCAAAUACAUGUUUUUUAUGUUGUUGAGAAAAUCCAUAUUUUUGUAUUGCAUGUGACUACCAUUCUGUACACGCUGUUUCUGUUUCCAUCCCUGAAAGACAAUAAAAUGAGGCUUGUCGUGUAACAAGA